CAAGGGAGGCCCUGUCGGGCGCUGGAGGGAGAGUGUCUCCCUGCAGCGCCUGCCCAGGAUGCAUGGUCUCAGGGCCCCCGAGAGCCAGGGCCACUUCCCCAGCAGGAUGGCCACGCUGAGCCGGCCCUGGCUUCUUCUGCUUACCUACGUGCUGGCUGCCCUGGAGCUCACCUGCCUCUUCAUGCAGUUUUCCACUGUGCCCUAUCUGUCCCGGAGACUGGGCCUGGACUCUGUCGCCUUUGGCUACCUGCAAACGAUCUUCGGCGUGCUUCAGCUGCUGGGCGGGCCGGUGUUUGGCAGGUUCGCGGACCAGCGCGGGGCGCGCGCGGCGCUCACGCUGUCCUUCCUGGCGGCCUCGACGCUCUACCUGCUGCUGGCGGCGUCCUGCAGCCCGGCCCUGCCCGGCGUCCCGCUGCUCUUCGCCUCGCGCCUGCCCGCCGCGCUCAUGCACACGCUGCCGGCGGCCCAGAUGGUCAUCACCGACCUCUCUGCGCCCGAGGAGCGGCCCGCGGCCCUGGGCCGGCUCGGCCUCUGCUUCGGGGUCGGCAUCAUCCUCGGCUCCCUGCUCGGCGGGACCCUGAGCACCGCGUGGGGGAUCCAGUACCCGGCCAUCGUGGCUCUCGUGGCCAACCUCCUGGGAGCUGUCCUCAGCUUCACCUGCAUCCCUGCCAGCACCAAAGAGGCCAGCACCAGUGCCCAGGCUGCCCCGCCAGGCGGGCCCAAGGCCAGCGUGUUUGACCUGCAGGCCAUCAGCCGCCUGCUGCUGCUGCCAGAAGUCCUGCCAGUGUUCCUCAUCAAGGUCAUCUCCAGCUUCCCCUCGGGGCUUUUCAUGGUCAUGUUCUCCAUCAUCUCCAUGGAGUUCUUCCGGCUGGAGGCCGCCCAGGCCGGCUACCUCAUGUCCUUCCUCGGGAUCCUGCAGAUGGUCACCCAGGGCCUGGUCAUCGGACGGCUCAGCAGCCGCUUCCCAGAGGAAGUGCUGGUCCGGGCCAGCGUGCUGGUCUUCAUCGUGGUGGGACUGGCCAUGGCGCUGAUGUCCAACGUGUUCCACUUCUGCCUCCUGGUGCCCGGCCUGGUCUUCAGCAUGGGCACCCUCAACGUGGUCACCGACAGCAUGCUGACCAAGGCCGUCGCAGCCUCAGACACCGGGACCAUGCUGGGCCUCUGUGCCUCUGUGCAGCCGCUGACCCGCACCUUCGGGCCCACCCUGGGCGGCCUCCUGUACCGCAGCUUCGGCGUCCCCGUCUUCGGCCACGUGCAGGUUGCCGUCAACAUCCUUGUCCUGCUGCUGCUGUGGAGAAAGCCUAUUCCCCGGAGGAAGGACAAAAGCUGGUGA